AUGACCCAGAACUUAUUUUCGUCCAUUCAGACAGACACCAUGGUAUUUGUCCGACUGGACGGUCUCAUCGAAUUUCUCCAAUGUCUCUCCCUUGAGGAUAGCAAUGCGUUGUCCAGGGGAUUGGGCAUUGGCAUUAACACUAGCGGAGAGACGCCUGAUGAUACCGUCACCACUGAAACGCCCCUGCCCACUCCCCCCGCGGCUUCCGAUAAUUCCCCUGCUGUCACUGUGACCAGCAUGGAAGUUCCCAUUCCUACUCCCUCUACCCCUACUGCGGCUGCUCCUGCUAUUCCUGCUGCCUCUGAUCCUACCAUUCCUACUACCCCGGCUCCUACUGCGGCUGCUCCCACAGGCCAUACCACCAUCUUGGUUGAGUUCAACGAAUAUGACGACUCUGAUGAUGAGGAUUCAGCCAUGGCAGCUGCUGCACUUGUGGAUAACUCCAUAUUACAUUUUCACCGUGAAACAUACUUCAAUGUGCCCGCUGUGGGUACAACAAGUGCAGCAGCGAGAAAUCGAUCUACUACACAGUUGGGUCUUUGCUACCUGCUGCCUCACUUGAGAACAAGUAGGAUGAGGAUUCGCAGAAAUGUGGAACAAGCGCAACUAGUGGAACUCAAGCGGAACAAGCGGAACCCAAGCGCAACUAGCGGAACUCAAGCGGAACAAGCGGAACCCAAGUGCAACUCAAGCGGAAUGGAAAGGAAUGAAACAGAACUCAAACGGAUAAAGCGCGGAACGUACUGA